AGCAGCAAGCGCGACUGCGGCCCCGCGGCCGCGCCCGCCCGCACCCGGCACGAUGCUGCCGGUGCACCCGGAGGUGAAGCCCAACCCGCUGCAGGACGCCAACCUCUGCUCGCGCGUGUUCUUCUGGUGGCUAAACCCUUUGUUUAAAAUUGGCCAUAAACGGAGGUUGGAGGAAGAUGACAUGUAUUCAGUGCUUCCGGAAGAUCGCUCCAAGCAUCUUGGGGAAGAAUUGCAAGGAUACUGGGAUAAAGAAGUCCUGAAGGCUGAGAAUGAGGCACGGGAGCCUUCCUUGACAAAAGCCAUCAUAAAGUGUUACUGGAAGUCAUACCUGAUUUUGGGGAUCUUUACAUUAAUUGAGGAAGGCACCAAAGUAAUGCAGCCCAUAUUUUUGGGGAAAAUCAUCGAUUAUUUCGAGAACUACGAUCCCUCAGAUUCAGCAGCCUUGCGCAUGGCGUACGCCUAUGCUUCUGUGUUGACUGUCUGUACCCUCAUCUUGGCCAUUCUGCACCACUUGUAUUUUUAUCAUGUACAGUGUGCUGGGAUGAGGUUAAGAGUAGCCAUGUGCCACAUGAUUUAUAGCAAGGCACUUCGUCUUAGUAACAUGGCUAUGGGGAAGACAACCACAGGCCAGAUAGUCAACCUGUUGUCCAAUGAUGUGAACAAGUUUGAUCAGGUGACAAUCUUUCUGCACUUUUUAUGGGCAGGACCACUGCAGGCUGUCGCAGUGACUGCCCUGCUCUGGAUGGAGAUAGGAGUCUCCUGCCUUGCCGGGAUGGCGGUCCUGCUCAUCCUCCUGCCCUUGCAGAGUUGCAUCGGGAAGCUGUUCUCGUCCCUGCGGAGUAAGACCGCAACCUUCACCGAUGUCAGGAUCAGGACGAUGAAUGAAGUUAUAACGGGCAUCAGGAUCAUCAAAAUGUAUGCUUGGGAAAAGUCAUUUGCAGAUCUUAUUACCAGAAUGAGAAGGAAGGAGAUUUCCAAAAUUCUGAGCAGUUCCUACCUCAGAGGGAUGAAUUUGGCCUCGUUUUUCGUCGCAAGCAAGAUCAUCGUGUUUGUGACCUUCACAACCUACGUACUGCUUGGCAAUGUCAUCACAGCCAGCCGCGUGUUUGUGGCUGUAUCACUGUAUGGGGCUGUGCGGCUGACCGUCACGCUGUUCUUCCCGUCAGCUGUUGAGAAAGUCUCUGAGUCAAUUGUCAGCAUUCGGAGAAUCAAGGACUUCCUGCUCCUGGAUGAGAUAUCGCAACGCAGCACUCAACAGCCCUCAGAUGAUAAAAUGAUAGUGCAUGUGCAAGAUUUCACUGCUUCUUGGGAUAAGGCUUUCGACACGCCCACCCUCCAAGGACUCUCGUUCACUGUGAGACCUGGCGAGCUGCUGGCUGUGGUUGGCCCCGUGGGCGCAGGAAAGUCCUCUCUGCUCAGUGCUGUCCUGGGCGAGCUGCCUCCAAGCCAGGGCCUGGUCCGCGUGCAUGGCAAAGUUGCCUACGUGUCUCAGCAGGCCUGGGUAUUUUCAGGAACUGUGAGGAGCAACAUUUUAUUUGGGAGGAAGUACGAAAAGGAGCGAUAUGAAGCAGUAAUAAAGGCCUGUGCGCUGAGAAAGGAUUUACAGCUUCUGGAGGAUGGAGAUCUGACUAUGAUAGGAGAUCGGGGAGCCACGCUGAGCGGAGGGCAGAAAGCGCGGAUCAACCUGGCCAGGGCGGUGUAUCAGGAUGCCGACAUCUACCUCCUGGAUGAUCCUCUCAGUGCAGUGGAUGCUGAAGUCAGCAGGCACUUGUUCCAGCAGUGCAUUUGCCAAGCCUUGCACGAGAAGAUCACAAUUUUAGUGACUCAUCAGUUGCAGUACCUAAAAGCUGCAAGUCACAUUCUGAUACUGAAAGAUGGAGAAAUGGUGCAGAAGGGAACCUACACCGAGUUCCUGAAAUCUGGGGUAGAUUUUGGUUCCCUUUUAAAGAAGGAAAAUGAGGAAGCCGAGCCGUCUCCCCUUCCUGGGACGCCCACACUGAGGAAUCGAACCUUCUCGGAGUCUUCGGUGUGGUCUCAGCAGUCGUCCAAACCCUCCCUCAAAGACAGCGCCCCCGAGGGCCAGGAGGCUGAGAAUACACAAGUGGCACUGACUGAGGAGAGUCGUUCUGAAGGCAAGAUUGGCUUUAAGGCCUAUAAGAAUUACUUCAGAGCGGGCGCUCACUGGUUUAUCAUCAUUGUGCUUAUUCUGCUAAACCUUGCAGCCCAGGUGGCCUAUGUGCUGCAGGAUUGGUGGCUGUCGUACUGGGCAAAUGAACAGAGUGCCCUAAAUGUCACCAUCGAUGGCCAAGGGAAUGUAACUGAGCAGCUGGAUCUUACCUGGUACUUGAGCAUUUAUUCAGGUUUAACUGUAGCUACCGUCCUUUUCGGCAUCGCAAGAUCUCUGUUGGUAUUCUACGUGCUUGUUAAUUCUUCGCAAAAUCUGCACAACAAAAUGUUCGAGUCCAUCCUGAGAGCUCCGGUGCUGUUCUUUGACAGAAAUCCCAUAGGACGAAUUUUGAAUCGUUUCUCCAAAGACAUCGGACACAUGGAUGACUUGCUGCCCCUGACAUUUUUAGAUUUCAUCCAGACAUUUCUGCAAGUGGUUGGCGUGGUCGCUGUGGCAGCAGCUGUGAUCCCCUGGAUUCUGAUCCCCUUGGUCCCGCUUAGCAUCAUUUUUGUUUUUCUUCGGCGGUAUUUCUUAGAAACAUCAAGAGACGUCAAACGCCUGGAGUCCACAACACGAAGUCCAGUCUUCUCCCACUUGUCAUCUUCACUCCAGGGACUCUGGACCAUCCGUGCAUACAGAGCCGAGAACAGGUUUCAGGAGCUGUUCGAUGCAUACCAGGAUUUACAUUCAGAGGCGUGGUUCUUGUUUCUGACGACGUCCCGAUGGUUUGCUGUGCGUCUGGAUGCGAUCUGUGCCAUCUUUAUCAUCAUUGUUGCCUUUGGAUCCCUGAUUCUGGCAAAUACCUUGGAUGCUGGACAGGUCGGCCUGGCCUUGUCCUACGCCCUCACCCUCAUGGGGAUGUUCCAGUGGUGUGUUCGGCAGAGCGCUGAAGUGGAGAAUAUGAUGAUUUCAGUAGAAAGAGUGGUGGAAUACACAGACCUGGAGAAGGAGGCACCUUGGGAGUCCCAGAAACGCCCACCGCCAGCCUGGCCCCAGGAGGGGGUGAUCAUCUUUGAUAACGUGAACUUCACGUACAGUCUGGAUGGGCCCCUGGUGCUGAAGCACCUGACGGCACUCAUUAAAGCCAGAGAAAAGGUUGGCAUUGUGGGAAGAACAGGAGCUGGAAAAAGUUCCCUCAUCUCAGCCCUUUUCAGAUUGUCAGAACCUGAAGGUAAAAUUUGGAUCGAUAAGAUCUUGACAACUGAAAUUGGACUUCACGAUUUAAGGAAGAAAAUGUCCAUCAUACCUCAGGAGCCUGUUUUAUUCACUGGAACAAUGAGGAAAAACCUGGAUCCGUUUGGUGAGCACACAGACGAGGAGCUGUGGAAUGCCCUUGAAGAGGUGCAACUUAAAGAAACCAUCGAAGAUCUUCCUGGCAAAAUGGACACGGAACUAGCAGAGUCGGGAUCUAACUUUAGUGUUGGGCAGAGACAGUUGGUGUGCCUUGCCAGGGCCAUUCUCAGGAAAAAUCGAAUAUUGAUUAUUGAUGAAGCAACAGCAAAUGUGGACCCAAGAACCGAUGAGCUGAUACAGAAGAAGAUCCGGGAGAAGUUCGAGCAGUGCACCGUGCUGACCAUUGCACAUCGCCUCAACACCAUCAUCGACAGCGAUAAGAUCAUGGUUUUGGAUUCAGGAAGACUGAAAGAAUAUGAUGAGCCGUAUGUUUUGCUGCAAAAUAAAGAGAGCCUCUUUUACAAGAUGGUGCAACAGCUGGGCAAGGCAGAAGCCGCUGCCCUCACCGAGACAGCAAAACAGGUGUUCUUCAAAAGGAAUUAUCCAGAUAUCAGUCAAACGGACUCCGUGGUUACCAGCACCUCCAAUGGACAGCCCUCUGCCUUAACUAUUUUUGAGACGGCACUGUGAUUCUUCCAAGAUGUCAGAUCUGUUCCAAAGGCAUUUUCCAAUUGUUUUUGCACUGUGUAAACUAUAGUGUACAUUUUUUUACUAAGCUAUAAUAUGGACAUGUUCAAAAUGUUAGUUUUUUUGGAUCUGCCCCUCAACUUCAUCCAGUGAUCUCAAGCUUUGACAAAAGGGUUUGUUAUUUUUACUUUACUGUUUCAGUUUAAUCUGAAUCAGAGGUGCAGGCCACCAGAAAAUGUUGUCUACCAGGUUUUAUGCCUUACCAGACCCCAGAGCCAAAUCUCAUUUUAUAAGGAAUAGAACAGAGUUGUCAUAGGUUGUUGUUUUUUGUUCCUGCUAGUCCCAAAUUGCGUAUUGCUAUCCAAUUAUAUCAGGGAUUCUAUUUACUUGAAGACUGCACAAGGCUGCCAUUUCAUCUUGCCAACUUUAUUUGACCUAACUAGGACCCAUUGUUUUCCAUCAAGGCCUCUGAUUAACAUAGGACAGAUUACUAAGAAGAUCACAAGAUAUACUUUAAGUCACACCUAGAGAGUCUACCUCCACCAGAAAGAGAGAGAGAGAUGGCUGAAAAUUCUAGAAUAGACAGAAAAGAAAACAGCACUCCCUAAAGCUGGGUGCCCUUGUAGGUGAGUUGAUGACAAAGGACACCCCAGCACCAGCCAGGUCCGCGUGGCUCACAUGGUUCUGGCACACAUGAGAACUCAGUUGUGGUUUUAGACUCAGCAGGCCGAAACCUCCCACUGUAAUUCCUGAAAUACCCAGUGUUAUUCUUAUUUGGAUUUCUGGUUUACAGAAGGGGAGGCCUGUUGAGUCUAAACUGUUUGGUUUAACCUUUGUUGAAAUCCUUCCUCCAUCCCAUGCCUAGGACCUCCUGACGUGGUAAGAGAAACUGAAAAUCAUCACAAACAUUGGCAGUAAUUAUGCAGUCCAUUCUCUGAAUGUAUCCGUAGGGUUCACGCCUGUGAGCCUGCCCAGAUUAGUUUAUGUUUACUUGUGACCACUAAUAACAGCUUCUGGAGGUCUUUCUGAAUCAACAAACCACAGUACUUCCUAGGACUUGUUGUGCGAUAUUUGAACUACGAGUCUAGUUUUCUUGAUGGAGGUGGCCAUGGUAUGUUAAGUUCACGUUAUCAGAGGUUUUACUUUCAGGGUUUAAGUGGACUCUUAUGACCUCACAGGAUGGCAGAGCCACCCUCAAAUUGCAUAUGUCAGUACAACAGGAGAGAAAAGCAUGUUUUGUAAAAUGAAACGCUGAAGCGUGCACGCAGAGCAAGCUAUCCGAAUGCGUCAAGUGGAAGAGCUGUUCAGCUCUGUGUGUAUAGAAAUGUAUGAUUAGUGUAUAUUCCCCAUAAACCACACACACCAAGUUGUCUACUAGUAAUGAUGUUUUGGUAUUUCCGGAGAGUGAAAUGACAAUAGUGAUAAUAACUUUGUUAAAAAAUUGGAAACAUCUGCCAUGUAUAUGUGUUUAUUUGGUCUCUAGAGGUUAUUGGCAGUCAUAAAAACAUGUUCUUCUUUCAUUUCUAUUUUAGUGUCAUCAUAGGAUUUUUAAUUCCAUUUGAAAUAAAUCACAGUUUUCAUCUCUCUUCA